CAUUUUGUUAUUGUUUUUGUUUCCAGCUAUUAACUAUGUGUUUGCCAUGACAAUGACGAUAAACUUCCCCUUACCUUGCUGUGAGUGACUAAUCAGUUGUUAUGUGUGUUUUUAGGCAAAAGCAACAACUAUUAAAGAGGCCCUGAUGAAAUGGGAGGAGAAAACAGGCGAAAAAGCGAGCGAGGCCACGGCAGUAAAGCUUUAUGGUCAGAUCCCUCCCGUUGAAAAAAUGGACGCAUCUCUCUCUAAUCUUAGCAACUGCGAGAGAUUAUCCCUGUCUACAAACUGUAUUGAAAAAAUUGCCAAUUUGAAUGGUCUAAAGAACCUUAAGAUAUUGUCCUUGGGGCGGAAUUACAUCAAAAACCUUAAUGGACUUGAGGCAGUAGGUGAUACUCUGGAGGAGCUGUGGAUCUCUUAUAACCUCAUAGAAAAGCUGAAGGGAAUUCACGUCAUGAAAAAACUCAAAGUGUUAUACAUGUCCAACAACUUGGUCAAGGAGUGGGGGGAGUUUCUGAAGAUGGCAGAUCUUCCAUCAUUGGUGGACCUCGUCUUUGUGGGGAACCCAUUAGAAGAAAAGUAUGCCGCUGAUGGCAACUGGUUAGAGGAGGCUACCAAGAGGCUUCCCAAACUUAAAAAGCUAGAUGGGAACCCUGUCAUCAAACAAGAAGAGGAGGAAGCUGAAGGAGAGAGUUAAUGCAAUUUCUUACGCAUUUUUAUUGUUCAAACACCAGCAUUUUUACUUUUAAAAGUCUGUGCAAUAUUUGCAUUUUUAGGUGUAUUUAUUAAAAGUAAAGAUAAAAAGCUAAAUCCGUUUUCUUGAGCUUUAACACUAUUUGAAUAGAUUUGAAAAGCACACACUUGAACCGCGUUUUGUUAGCCUCAGCACAAGCAGAGAUACACAAUCAUAAUUUAUGGGUUGUGCAGAAGGACAUAUAUAGGAUGGUGCUAAUUACUUACACUGUAAUAAGAAUUGAUGCAUGUCAUUGUUACCUCAAAUAAUUUUUUCUACUUGAUCUAACCCUUAAAAAUCACUUUAUUAAUUUAAUUCAGUCAUAUUUAAUAAUAUUUUUGACUUGAAUUACCAGUUAAUUCAUGUUACCACAUGAAGGACAUAUUAAAAGUUAAGAAAGUUAAUGACUAAACUUUUUGACGUUGUGCUUUUCAGGGUGACCAAUGCUAAAUUGUAACAGUAAAAUACAAGCCAGUGAUAUUAAAGCAAGUACAAAACUGGAUGGAUACCAUCAAGGGUAUGACAGAGACUAUAACCUCUUUAGUGGUG